AUGACAAUCCCAACCGACACUGGACUUACAGUCCCCCUCAUAAUAAACGGCCAGGAAGAAACAACCCCUAAAACUUUCCCCGUAAUUAGUCCUUACACCAACACAACUAUCUGGACCGCUUCCGCCGCAACAUCUCAAGAUGCAAUCCGCGCCGUCGAAGCCGCCAACGCGGCCUUCCCCUCAUGGUCGCAAACAAAACCAACCGUGAGACGCGACAUCCUCCUGAAAGCCGCCGAUAUCCUUGAGUCCCGCCUCGACACCAAUGCCGAGUACAUGCGUCAAGAGAUGGGCGCUGACAUCGGCGCCUCCGCAGGGUUCGUAGUCCCGCUUGCAGUUCGUAUGCUACGUGAGGUUGCGAGCCGCAUUACCUCGAUCUGUGGCAGUGUACCUGUUGUAGAGACAGAGGGACAGAGUGCGAUUAUUUUUAAAGAAGCGAUGGGUGUUAUUUUAGGAAUUGUGCCUUGGAACGCUCCCUAUGUCUUCGGAAUUCGCUCCGCUGCCUGUGCCCUCGCAGCAGGAAAUACAACAGUCCUUAAAUCUUCUGAAUUAACUCCCCGCUGUUACUGGGCUAUCGGCCGUGCCUUUGAAGAUGCCGGUCUCCCCGCCGGCUGUUUGAAUAUCAUUCACUGUGCCCCGCAGGAUGCCCCCGAGGUUGUCAAUGCCAUGAUCGAGCACGAGGCUGUGCGCAAGAUCAAUUUCACUGGUAGCACAGCUGUGGGUCGGAAGAUUGCACGCGCGUGCGGUCAGAACCUUAAGCCUUGUCUUAUGGAGCUAGGCGGGAAGAAUAGCUCGAUUGUUUGUCAUGAUGCUGAUUUGCAGACUGCCGUGCAAGGAGUAUUGGCGGGUGCAUUUUUGAAUUCCGGCCAAAUUUGCAUGGCAACCGACCGAAUCCUCGUCCACACUUCCAUCCUCCCGGCCUUCAUAGAAGCCCUUCAGAAAGCCCUCGCUGCCGGUGCUGCAGCCUCUGCCCUCCCACCAACACUCGUCAACACAGCCUCCAAGGCCCGCGUCGAAGCCCUCAUCGCCAACGCCAUCUCAGCAGGCGCACACUUCAUCUCCGGGUCUGCGGACAGCAUCCCGACCGACUCGGGGGUGCGCAUGGCGCCCGCCGUUCUGGGCGGUGUGAAGGAAGACAUGGCGUUGUGGCAGGAAGAGUCCUUCGCGUCAGUUGCGGCGUGUAUGCCCUUCGACACCGAGGAGGAGGCGAUUCGUCUCGCGAAUGGAAGUGGGUAUGGACUUUCGGCAUCUGUGUUUACGGAGGAUCUGCGGAGGGGCUUGGCGAUGGCUAAGCGGAUUCAAUCUGGGGCGGUUCAUAUUAAUAGUAUGACGAUCCAUGAUGAGCCGGCUCUUCCUCAUGGCGGUGUGAAGAAUAGUGGCUGGGGUCGGUUCAAUACUGAUGAGGGAUUGAAUGAGUUCUUGGUUACGAAGAGUGUUACCUGGAUGGAUUAG